GGUUGGAGGAAGACAUCCAGCCCGGAGAGCGAGAGCGCAAGGAUGAGUGCAGGCGCGUAAAGGUGGCGCAUUGGUGUGACAUUGAACGCCUCUUGUUUGAAUUUUUUGCAGCAACGAGGACAACACAAUCGGACAUUUUACACCUCUUUUUGCCUUCGUUACGUCUUUUUCCACUCAUGGGCUUCAUGCCAGGUUUGAGUGACAAUGAAGCCCCUUGGACUUGAAACAUGAGGGAAUAGAGUGGUUGGUCUUGCGUUCACCCCGCCGGCGCUGCUUCGCAGGUUUAAAGUGCAAUUUUUUUCCCCCUUCCACGGGACGUAGACCGGGAGCCGAGCAUUGAUUUUGGGAGACGCUUUAAUGGAAGACACCGCAAACCACUGACCACCUGGCUGCUGGAAGAUGAGACGCUGAUCACCGCAACAGCCGCAGGCUUGGACGAUUGCUGUCAUCAGUGAGAACUCUGCUACUGCCGUUUCUUAGAAAGAAGUAUUUUUGCCUCGCUUUCUCUGUCAUGGAUCUAAAAGACUAUUACCUGUUGGGUGCUUUGCUUGCCUGCAUAUGGUUAGACCCUUCAAUCGCCCAAGAACUCAUCUACCCCAUCAGGGAGGAGCUGCAAGAAAAUGUCCUCAUUGGAAAUAUACCCAGAGACCUUAACAUCUCCCACACAAACGCUGCCACUGGAGCAAGUGCUAAUCUUGUGUACCGCUUGGUCUCCAAAGCAGGAGACAACCCUCUGGUCCGCGUUCUGAGCAGCACCGGUGAAAUAUUCACAACAUCAAACCGAAUAGAUAGGGAGAAGCUCUGCCCCGGUCCCUCCUUUGAGGACAGCGAGUGCGCCUUUGAAAUUGAAGUGGUCAUCCUGCCUAAUGAUUAUUUCAGGCUGAUUAAAAUCAAAAUAAUCGUCAGAGACACAAAUGAUAAUGCGCCCAUGUUCCCAUCCCCAGUGAUCAACAUCUCCAUCCCGGAGAACACGCUCAUUAAUAAUCGCUUUGCUAUUCCUUCGGCCACUGACCCAGACACCGGUCCAAACAGUGUGCACAAAUAUGAGCUGAUCAAUGGGCAAAGUGCCUUCGGCUUAGACAUAGUGGAAACGCCAGAGGGCGAGAAGUGGCCCCAGCUCAUUGUGCAGCAGAAUCUGGACAGAGAGCAGAAGGAUACCUAUGUGAUGAAAAUUAAAGUGGAGGAUGGCGGCAGCCCGCAGAAAUCCAGCACCGCCAUUCUCCAAGUCACCGUGACAGACGUCAACGAUAACCGACCCGUCUUUAAGGAGAGCCAGGUAGAGGUGCAUAUUCCGGAGAACUCUCCUAUCGGCACGUCUGUGGUGCAGCUUCAGGCCACCGAUGCGGACGUAGGGGCCAACGCGGACAUUCGAUAUGUAUUUGGGACUCAGGUGUCACCUGCUACAAAGAGGCUGUUUGCACUAAAUGGCACAUCCGGCCUCAUCACUGUGCAGAGGCCUCUGGACAGGGAGGAAACGGCAAUACAUAAACUCUCUGUCGUGGCUAGUGACGGCAGCCCGAGCCCGGCCAGAGCUAUCAUUUCAAUAAACGUGACCGACGUCAAUGACAAUCCCCCCAAUAUAGACUUGAGAUAUAUAAUCAGUCCCAUUAACGGCACUGUUUUCCUCUCCGAGAAGGACCCCAUUAAUACCAAGAUAGCCCUCAUCACAGUGUCAGACAAAGACACCGACAUCAACGGCAAGGUCAUUUGUUUCAUCGAAAAGGAUGUGCCCUUCCAUCUCAAAGCCGUGUACGACAACCAGUAUCUUUUGGAGACAUCUGCCCUGCUCGACUACGAAGGCAGCAAGGAAUAUAACUUCAAAAUUGUGGCUUCUGAUUCUGGAAAGCCGAGCUUGAAUCAGACCGCCUUGGUGAGAGUGAGGCUGGAGGACGAGAAUGACAACCCCCCUAUUUUCACUCAACCCGUCAUUGAACUGGCUGUCAUGGAGAACAACAAACGGGACCUGUUCCUCACCACUCUAAGUGCCACGGAUGAGGACAGUGGUAAAAACGCAGAGAUUGUUUAUCAGCUUGGACCGAACGCCUCGUUCUUUGACCUUGAUCGGAAAACGGGGGUUCUGACCGCAUCCAGAGUUUUUGACCGUGAGGAUCAGGACAAGUUUCUGUUCACGAUAACGGCACGAGAUAACGGCACCCCGCCUCUGCAGAGCCAAGCGGCCGUCAUUGUAACCGUGCUGGAUGAAAAUGACAACAACCCCAAGUUCACACAUAACCACUUCCAGUUUUUUGUCUCGGAGAAUCUCCCAAAGUACAGCACAGUUGGCGUGAUAACCGUGACGGAUUCUGACGCCGGGGAAAAUGCUGCCGUUUCACUUUCCAUUCUGAACGACAACGAAAACUUCAUCUUGGAUCUUUUCUCCGGCGUUAUCAAGUCCAACGUGUCGUUUGAUCGGGAGCAACAGAGUUCCUACACCUUUGACGUGAGGGCCGUGGACAGCGGCAGGCCUCCUUGCUCCUCGGCCGCCAAGGUGACCAUCAACGUCAUCGACGUCAACGACAACACCCCCGUUGUCAUCUACCCGCCCUCCAACACGUCUUUUAAGCUGGUCCCGCUUUCCUCCAUCCCGGGAUCGGUGGUUGCCGAGGUGUUUGCGGUGGACGGCGAUACGGGGAUGAACGCCGAACUGAAAUACACCAUCGUGCACGGCAACAACAAGGGCCUGUUCAGGAUUGACCCUGUCACCGGGAACAUCACGCUGGAGGAGAAGCCCGCAGUGAGCGAUAUAGGAUUACACAGAUUAGUGGUCAACAUCAGUGAUUUAGGAUACCCAAAAUCCCUCCAUACCCUGGUGCUGGUAUUCCUUUAUGUCAACGACACUGUGGGCAACUACAGCCUAAUCACCGAUCUCAUCCGGCGACGGAUGGAAACCCCGAUUGAGCGCAACAUCAGCGAAAGCAGUGAAACUUAUCAAAGUGGGGACUAUUUAACCAUCAUGAUCGCUUUUGUGACUGGCGCCUUAGUGGUGAUCAUUGUGAUCUUUGUGACCGUCCUGCUGCGCUGCCGGCACACGUCCAGGUUCAAAGCUGCGCAGAGAAAAAAACAGGGAACAGAAUGGAUGUCCCCAAACACAGAGAACAAGCAAAACAAGAAGAAAAAGCGCAAGAAAAGGAAAUCUCCAAAGAGCUCCUUACUCAACUUUGUUACCAUCGAGGGAAACAAACCCAACGAUCCCGCCCACGAACCAAUCAACGGAACCAUCAGCCUGCCCACCGAAUUGGAGGAGCAAGGGAUAGGACGCUUUGAUUGGAAUGCCACACCCACCACCACCUUCAAACCCGGCAGCCCUGACCUGGCCCGACACUACAAAUCUGCCUCACCGCAAUCGGCCUUCCACCUCAAGGCUGACACGCCGGUCUCCGUCAAGAAGCAUCACGUGAUUCAGGAGCUGCCGCUGGAUAACACCUUUGUUGGGGGCUGCGACACCCUUUCCAAGAGGUCCUCCACAAGCUCAGACCACUUCAGUGCCUCGGAGUGCAGCUCCCAAGGAGGGUUCAAGACCAAGGCGCCCAUGCACACCAGACAGCAGGGAACAUUAACACGCGCCCGAACUGAACUGAACCCCGAAUAUCUGGACCUCCGUCCCCGAGCUGAGCUCAACCCUGAAUAUUGGACCCCUUGCACGCCCUUAUCGCAGCGACGCGUCACGUUUCACCUGCCGGACGGCUCCCAGGAGAGCUGCAGUGACAGCGGUCUGGGGGAGCACGAGCCCGUUGGCAGUGGCUCCCUCCUCACACAACCUCUCCCUCUGGUGCAGGCGCAAGACGACUUCUACGAGCAGGCCUCCCCCGACAAGAGAACCGAAGCAGACGGCAACUCUGAUCCCAACUCUGAUGGGCCCCUGGGACCUCGUGGCCUGAUGGAGGCCUCCGAGAUGUGCACACAGGAAUGCCUGGUCCUCGGACAUUCGGACAACUGCUGGAUGCCCCCGGCGUUGGCGUCCUACCAGCAGCACAAAUCCCCCGUGUCCAGUUUUGGGUCGCAGAGGGAGUGGGGUCCCAAGGAUAAAUUUCUCAAUGGACAUACCUUGACUCGAACCUGGAAAAAAGAGAACGGGCAGUCGGACUUUGGUGACAGGAAGCAAUUUGGGAGCGAAGAGGGACACUUCACAAGCAGUGGCAUGGCUGAUAUUCCUUUGGUAAGUUUGAAGUCCUGCCAGACCGCUUCCUGCCCAGAUAGCCCCAAGGACCAGCAGCUUUAAAAUGGACUUUGCCCGUGUGUUGUGACAACACAAACUGACAAAAGAAGGAGCUUUUUUUUUUUAUUUCUUCUUUUCAUCAUCUCUUACCACGUCUGCUUCCGCAUAGUGGUAGCCACAUGUACAAUGUACAGCAUAAAACUAAAGUGCUUCUGCAGUGUUCCCUCAAAGUCAACAACGCUGAGGAUGUUUUUUGUUUUUUUUUAACCUUCAUGGAUUGAAAUGGGGAGGGUGGGAUGAAAAGACAUUCAUUAAAAAAAAAAAAAAAAACUAUCAUGGGAGACUGAAAUAUAUACAAAUAUGUAACGUGGUUGCUCUUGAGGUGUUCUCGGCUAGUAUAUAUUAUUCGACACGAGCAAAGAAAAUGGAUUUACAUUUCAGAAGACAAUGUUCUCAAAACACUGUAUGGAGACGCUUGUUCAUUCAUGUCAUUGUGUUUGUAAAUAAGACUUAUUAACCACUGUCACGUAUCUGUAAUAACCACGGUGAUUUGGAGAGGUCACUGCUAUAAUCACUGCUUUAGUCAUCAGGGGUGGAGAGUCACCUGUAACAUGACUGCCAUUUUUUUUUUCUUUCAAUCCACCGCUUUUUGCGUUUGCUUUUGAAACAAUGCGGUUGUCAGGAAUUAUUUCCCAUAUGGUACAUGUGAUUAUAAAAUCAUAAAUAAUCAGUUUUUAAACAAACAAAAUGUAUGAAGGAUGUCAGUGCUCAAUAUGUGCAUUAUAAAAGCAAAACGCUACGAAAACUCUAUAAACUGAAUUUGAAAGUGUUCAGAACAAUUGGGUUGCAAUAUAUUUGUAAAUGUUUUAUCUGAUGUUGAUCUUAUUGCUGUAUAGAUUUGAGUCAGAUUGUGAUUCAAUUCAGUACAAUCCUGCAGUAGUAUUUGGAAUUUGGUGACAUAUGUAUAUAUCUAAGUAUACGUAUAUAUAUAUAUAUAUAUAUAUGUAUAUUAUUUCCGCAGGGACCAUUAUUUUUUUGCACACUACAAAAAAAGAAAAAAACACACACACACAAGUAACAAUCAUAUUUUAAUCACUGUGCCUUCAUGACUUUAUUUUAAAAACUGUUCUUAAUCAACAAUGACGUUUCUUUGGCCAGUAUAAUUGUCCACAAUUAAAUGCCUUAUGCAUUGGCUGUUUGCCAAAUUUUGAGUCAUAACUGCACAGGUAUUAAAAUGAAAAAUAACAGUACAGGUAUUUAAAAAGGCAUGUGCAGAGAACGCUGUCUGAAAAGGUUUGUUUUUCUUCCACAGCAUGGAUGGCAAAAUACACAAUGGAACAGCAUGCUUAACAAGAUAUAGCUUUUUGAAAUUAACUUCAUUUUGUGUGCGUGUGUGUUUAUUUUUGUAGAAUUUAUUUGUGCAUAUAAUAUUUGGUUUGUGAAGCACUUUCAUGUUUAUGUCACAAUAUAAAGUAGGAUGGAGUGAUUUGCUUAUUGCGGUAUGUGCCACUUGUGAGGGUGUUUGACAUCACAGAUAAUGAAACAGUUAAUCCUUGUUACUUCUAUACAGCUACUGCAAUAAAUGUUUUAAA